AUGGCGAGUGCUGUGCGAAAAUCGAAUGCCGCGCAGUUUGUUGUUGGUAUAGUGGCACUAUUCACCGCGUUGCUUGUCCGGGAUUGGUAUCGGCUGCAUGGUGUUAAGCUGACCAGAGCACUCAAAGUACUCCUCAACGUAGCCAAUAUACUACGAUCUUUUCCUUCAGCAGAAACCGACAUUUUCCGGAAUUUAGAAGGAUUUACAGUUUUUGAUACAUACGAGACUUCAGAACGUGAGAAAGAAACAUCAGCGCGGUCAUCGAAGAACAAGUAA